UCGAGAAGAGAAGCGCUCGGCUCGCUCGUGGAUCGGAGGAGGAUGCUGACUGCCUGACGGACAGAUUAUUUAACGCCGCAAAAUGGCAGCGCUGGCAAACAAAAUACAAACGCUACAAAAGUUACAUUACUAGUAAUUAAACCAUUCGGAGUAAAUAUAGUUCGAGUUCAAAGUGUCCUUAUUGGCGAAGCAAAAACGACGGGUCCGCGAGUGUCCCAAGUUAAUUUCGACUGUCUAUUUUUAGUAUAGGCAAGCACAAUAUUGCAAAUAGGUUAAAUAUCUAACAUCCCGAGAUGGGAAAUCAGCCUGGCAAGCUGCAUACGCAUCCGCAGAGCAGUCGACCCAAGAAGAAUGUCCAUUGGAAAUCGGCAGAGCGACCUUCACCACCCGGCAGGCCCAUCCUGACACCGGUUGCUCUUCCGGAACAGCAACCGGAUGUCGUGAACCUGCGCUGGGAGCGCCCACUCCACGACGGAGGUUCCCCCAUCACAGGCUACACUGUGGAGCACCGGCGCAUGGGGUCGCCCCAUUGGGUGAGGGCCACGCCCACUCCGGUGGACCGAUGCGAUGUGUGCAUCAGUGGAUUGGAGCCAGGAUGGCGCUACCAGUUCCGAUGCUUUGCCGAGAACAUUGUGGGUCGUUCCGACGCGAGUGAGUUAUCCGAUCCGCUGACGGUGACUCUGCAGAGGAACGCCAUAACAGUGCCCCGUUUUAUCGACGAGCUCGUGGACAUGGACGCCGUGGAGGAUGAGCGCAUCGAGUUCCGAGUGAGAAUACUGGGGGAACCGCCUCCUGAGAUCAAUUGGUUCAAGGAUGGCUACGAGAUCUUCAGCAGCCGGCGCACGAAGAUCGUGAAUGAUAACGAGGCCAGUGUCCUGGUGAUCCACCAGGUGGCUCUAACCGACGAGGGAGAGAUCAAGUGCACGGCCACCAAUCGAGCGGGUCAUGUGAUCACCAAGGCGCGACUGAUGGUGCAGGCUCCUCCGAAGAUCCGACUGCCACGUACCUAUGAGGAUGGACUGAUUGUGGAGGCGGACGAGGUGCUGCGUCUCAAAGUGGGCGUGGCCGGUCAACCACCACCCGCCAUUACGUGGCUCCACGAGGGCGAGGUCAUAGCUCCAGGUGGACGCUUCGAGAUCACCAACACGGAGAAGAACUCGCUGCUCAAGAUCGACAAUGUUUUGCGGGAGGAUCGGGGGGAGUACAUGGUCAAGGCGUGGAACCGACUGGGCGAGGACAGCACCUCCUUUCUGGUCACGGUUACGGCCAGACCGAACCCCCCAGGAACUCCCAAGCUGAACAUGUCCUUCGGCAAGUCGGCCACUCUUUCGUGGACGGCUCCUCUGGACGACGGAGGCUGCAAGAUCGGAAACUACAUAGUGGAGUACUUCCGAGUGGGCUGGAAUGUUUGGCUCAAGGCUGCCACCACGAGGGCACUGAGCACCACGCUGCAUGAUCUGAUAGAGGGCUCGGAGUACAAGUUCAGGGUGAAGGCGGAGAAUCCCUAUGGCCUGAGUGAGCCCUCCGGGGAGUCCGAACUGCUUUUCAUACCCGAUCCCAAGAGGGGAAUCACGAAGCCGAAGUCGGCCACUAGAAUUGCAGGAGAUGAGAAGGACAAGCCCAAGGGAGCAGCUGGAGCGGUGCAGGUGCCACCACGUCGGAAGACUCUGUCGCCACCACGUCCGCAUGCAGAUGCCUCCACGGGAAUGUCGCCCAAGCAGUCGCCCAGUGUGAAGCGGAAACCCAAGCCCCAGCUGGUCGACAACGAGCAACUGACCCACGAGAUGUCCUACGGAACCUCAGACCAGGCUCUGAAGAUGGAUGUGAGGAAGAGUCCUUCGCUGAGCAGCGCUGAUCUGGGCAGCAAGCCCGCUGCGGCUGACUCCAACCCGAAGCUCAAUUUGACUCUGGUGACCACCACUUUGACACCGGUGGAGAAACCGGAACCCACUCCCAAGUCACCGAAGACACCCAAGUCACCUACUGCCACUUCCUUUAAGUUGUUCAAUCCGAAGCCGCCGGGAGUCGCAAAGGAGAGGUCACCAGCACAGCCACAACCACAACCCUUGCCUACUCCCCCGAAGGAAAAACCGGCAAAGGCCUCUCCGAAUCGCAAGAGGAGCUUGAGUCCACCGAACAAGAGGCAGCCGGCGCCACUGCGCAAGAGUCCGACGCCCCCGGAACCCAUUAAAAUCACUCCGGCUCUGCUGAGGAGUGCGGAGCCCGUUCAACUAGGUGUCAACCAGAAUGUGAGACGCUUCUCCGGGCAGACCCUGAGCCCGGCCAGAAACGUGCCCACCUUGGCCCUCGCAGUGGCCUCCGGGAUGUCGGCCGUCAUUGGUGAGAAGCUGCCCACCAUCGAGAUCAGUGCACCUCCAACGCCGCAGGAGGAGGAGCCUCCGUCUCCGAAGCAGGAGCCCUCGAAAUCGCCCUCGCCAGAGCCAGCUAGUAAAUCCCAGUCCAACGCAAGGCGCUUCUCCAGGUCAGCCGACAAGCACGACGAAGUGCACACGAGCAACGAGUUCAUGCUCGUCGUGUUCGACAAGAACAGCAAGGUCAAGGAUAAGGACAAACAAGAUUCCUUUGAGCUGGACCUGGAAGACGCCAUUCAGCCGCCGCCCAUUUCGAUUUCUGCCCCGGACCUGGCCUUUCUGGAGUUCACAAACUUGCACACGACCUUCCCGCUGCGUCGCUCCGUCAGCUCCACGGAACUCCUGUACGAGAGGGCGAUGGCGCGGUUCUACGAGGCAGUGGAGCUGGAGCAGGCUUCCAAGUCCCGCAAGACGUCGCAGGACAAGCUCGCCGCUCCGGCGCCGCCCCAUCAAACGCCCGCCAAUCUGCGCAAGCGUCUGGGUUCCAUUUCGGAGGCGGAGCGGUUGUCCUUCGAGAGGAGGAGCGAACUGCGCCGCCAGUCGGCGGACAUGGUGUCUAUUUCCCGCAAAUGGGACUCGAGGGAGAACGUCAACGAGUUGGGUAACUUGUCACGUAUGAACACCACUGGGCAAUUGCCCCUGGACACGAAACAGGAUAUUCGGGAGCAGGAGGAGGAGGUGGAAGAGGAGCACCUGACUGAGAGCACCGAGGAUGACAGCGAGGAUAUGGACUUGGACUUCGAUGAGGACGUGGAGGCGGAGUAUCCGCCGCAGAAGCAGCUGCAGCAGCAGUCCAGCAACGACCUCGGAUCGGACUACACCGAGAGCACUGCCUCCUCGGAGCAAGACUCCAUCGAGAAGUUCAAGAUGGAGCUGAUGGCGCGCACCCGCUCACCCAGUCCCCGGGAUCUGGAGACCUAUCAUCCGCGGAGCAUGGGGGCGGGAACCUUUACGCCCUACAGAGCUCCCACUCCGGAGCAGGCGGCCGUGGUGCUCAACCGACCAGUGCCACUGCCCAGUCCGGACUUUGUGCCCAAGCCGAUCCUGAAGAGGUCCUCCAACGAGCAUGUGGAGCAGUCGAUAAGCCCCCUCCCGAGCAGCGAACCAACACCCACAAUUGUGCCGCCGAAUCCAGCUAAUCCAGUGGCUGCCAGCAACCCCAGCACCCUCAAAAUGGACCUGGCCAAGGGGAUCAAGUCGUUCUUCAGCCGCGACAAGCGAUCGGCCACGGAGAAGAACACGGAGGCCAACGAGGAGAUCUCCAAUCCGCUGGAGAGCACCAAUGCGGCGGCGAUCGCGGCUGACUUGGAGGCCAAGCGAAGGGCCAAGGAGGAGGAGGAGCUGCGGCGCCUGGAGGAGGAGCGCCUCAUGCAGGAGGAGGCCCAUGCGGCGGUGGACCACUACAGCGAUCUGGUGCGCGAGGUGGGCAGCUCGCACCGCUACCACACGCCGCUCUACUUGGACCGCGACGAACUGAAGCGGGCGGCGGCCAAGGCGUCGGCGGAAACGGACGAGGAGGAGGGGCUUUCGCACGCGGAGGAGCUGAAGAAGCGGCUGGCCAGCGACGACAUGCUGCUGGCUCCUCCUGUGGUGAGGGAACGGCGUCUCUCCAUCUCGGAACGGGAGCAGCUGGUCCAUGUCCGCGAUGCAGCCAGUUCUCUGGCAUUCCACCGGUCGCCAGACUCCGGAGAGGCGGAGUCCCCACAGCCCGCCCAGCCGGAUGAUAACCAGUUCGAGCCGGAGGAGCCGGAGUACCCCACUGUACUGGUGGUGCCUCCGCCCAAGUCGAAGAAGAAGAGCGAGUCCGAGACGGAGAGCGUAAUGAGCGAGAUGGUGGAGGCGCGUCCGGAUGCGAGGGGCAGGACUCGGCUGGUGAAGGUGAAGAGGGUGAUUCGGCGGCGGGUGCCCUCGAGCACGCGGUCGCGCGACGCCUCGCUGACCAGGCCGGCGGCUGCAGAGGCGGAGCAGUCAGCCCUAAUCCCCUCCAGCGCCGACAGGGAUCUGCUGCAGAAGGCCGCCGCGCUGGCCAUCCUCCAGUCGGAGGAGCAGGCCCACGAGAAGGUCCGCUCGGCCCUGAGCUACUGCACGGACCUGGUGCUCUUCCUCGUCGCCUGCUACGUGUACUUGUUCAAGGACGCCCGCCUGGUGCUGCCCAUCCUCGGCCUGAUCAUCUACCGCCAGCUGGGCGAGGCCGUGCGCGGCUAUAUACCUGGUUGGCUGCGUCGCCGGAUGAACGGGCAGGGCAGCUAGACCGAAGGACACCGGAAUCCCAUCCCCUGCUCCCACUCACAUGCGUUUAUCGGUUAAGUUAAGUUACUUUUACAUACGACUUAUUUAUACGUCUUAAGCUAAAGAUGAGAGUAUCCCCCGCGUACAUCGUACUGCAAUCUGUAUACGUAAAUCCCUGCAAGUUUUAUUUCUUUACCCCCAUUUGAAGGACUCUUCAAUCCUCAUUAUUUGGAAAAGCUUUUGUUUUUAUUAACUUUAAAAACCAGAGCAGGGAAAUCAAGUAAUCAAUUGACAACCAUUAACUAAUCGUAUCCAUAUCUUAUCACCAUCACCUUGGUGCAAAAGCACCUCCAUUCACUAAAUUAUUCAUCUGCGAGCAUCAGUCUUGCCAGACUCUUUGGCAAAGAAUUGAUUCGCCAUUAUCCCCAAGAAUAAGAAGUCUAUAUCCCUUAGUUUUGUUUUGCCUUGUGUAUGUAUGUGGAGCUAUGUAAAUCCUACGUUAUGAAGUGUUCGUUUGCGGUUCUUUGUGGAUUGUUGGUGAUUCACUUUGAAAAUAAAGCUUAGCAUGUUAUGAA